UUAGAAAAUUUAUCUGGCAACACUGAUGGCGGCUUCUAAAACAUUCAUCUGGAAACGAAGAUGUAAAACUUCGCCAAAUUUAAGUCAUGCUUCGUUCACUGUUGAAGAGGACGAGGAACCUUUUGUCGAAGAUUGGAGGACUUUAGCGAAAAAGCCAAAAUGCGUCUCAUUGGAAGAUGCGAUCGCAAAAAGUACACGUUUGAAGAAUGAAGGAAUCGAACUGGCUGAGUUACAAAGGUAUUGGGAAUCAAUUACAAAAUGGAAUGAAGCCAUAGAACUGACACCUGAAAAUGAAGUUCUUCAUGAAAUGAAGGCUCAGGUGUUUCUCGAGUUAAACGAAAUUUUUCCCGCCGUUCAAGCAGCUGAAAAAGCUGUAUCGAUCAAUCCUCGAUGUCAUAACUCAUUUCAAACUCUUGGACGUGCACAACUUGCAAUGGGCGAAAUUCAAAUGGCAAUUUUGAGUUUUUCCCGAGCCUUUCACAUCAAGCCAGAUUCAUCUGAGCUCUUGAAUGAAGACCUCCUUUGGUCAUGUGAGCUAAGGAGGAGGAAAAUAGAAAUAGAACGAUCUUCUGUUAUGCGUGCAGGUGCGAAUACGAACUAGAUACUGCUGUAAUUUCUUGGCAUGAGAACCUGCAUGUGUGCUUACAUUACAAAUACAGGAUAUGAAGAAAGUCCAAAAUUUUAUCUCUUAGUUUGAUAAUUUCUAUCGUGAUAAAACAGUCUGUGGUAAAUUUUUUAUGCUUUUGACUAGUUUUGCUAUUUUGCUUCGUGGUAUUGAGCACUGUCUUGUAGUUUGUGAUCCUUAGCGUUAUACGAUGUGUACAGUAUACAGUAAUUUCAGUGCAUUCUUUGUCUCAGAACAACUAGGGCUCGCCAAAUAAAUGAUGAUGAACAUGUA